AUGGCUUUUUCUAGUUCCAGCAAACCAAUAAAUAACAAUGAAACUCCAAAAGAUUAUGAGGUUCCUGAAUCACCUCAAGAUGGUAUAUCAUCAAUCACAUUUUCACCAGUAGCAGAUUACUUCGCUGUAACUUCAUGGGAUAAUAAUGUUCGAAUUUAUGAAGCAAAUUCACAAACUGGCUCUACUACUGGAAGAGCUAUGUACUCACAUGAAAAACCUGUACUUUGUUCAGCAUGGAGCAAAGAUGGUACAAGAGUAUUUUCAGGUGGUGCCGAUAAUGCUGGUCGUAUGUUUGACGUUGCUACACAAACAGCAAUUCAAAUAGCUCAACAUGAACAACCAAUAAAGUGUAUUAAAUAUCUUGAUACAAACAACGUUAUAUUAACUGCCAGUUGGGAUAAAAUGCUUAAGUAUUGGGAUUUACGAUCGUCACAAUCUAUUAUGACUGUCAACUUACCUGAACGUGUUUAUGCUUUGGAUUUAAUGUACCCAAAUCUUGUAGUAGGAGUUGCUGAUAGACGUCUCUUGUACUAUAAUCUUAAUAAUCCUCUUCAACACAUAAAGGAUGUUACAAGUACCUUGAAGUUCCAAACACGUUGUAUAACAUGUUUUCCAUCUGGUACUGGAUAUGCUAUAGGAAGUAUUGAAGGAAGAGUAGGCAUACAAUAUUUUGACGAGAAAGAGAAUCAAGAUGGGAAUAAUAUCUACGCAGUGAAUGCCAUAUCUUUUCACCCAUUGCAUGGUACAUUCUCAACUGCUGGAAGUGAUGGAUCAUUCAACUUUUGGGAUAAAGAUUCAAAAUCGCGUCUUAAAGGAUUUGCCAGCGUUGGCACUUCAAUUACUGCUUCUGAUUUCAAUAGCACUGGUGCAAUUUUUGCUUAUGCUGUGAGCUAUGAUUGGAGUAAAGGAUAUCUUCAAUAUCCACAACUUCCCUCAAAAAAUGCAGUCUACUUGCACGCUGUAAAAGAUGAUGAUAUUAAACCAAAAAUACCAAGAAAACUAUCAUCAUCACCAAUUAUAAAAGACGUGAAUUCAUAUUUGAUCCCACGUGGUCCUCAACAAAAUCCAUUAACAGGAUGUGCAAAAAUUAAUUCAGACUAUCUUCAAUUCAAAGCCAAAAUAAUAAUUAAUUACGAAGAUGUUAAAAAUUGUUACGAAAGUCUUCCUUAUAAUAAUGAUAUUGCUGUUUCGACCAUCGAAACUAUAAAAUCAACACUAACCCAAUUUUAUAUAUUCUUGGACCAAUCAAAAGAAAAUCCACAACCUGGCUUCACAUUUACAAAACAGGAUAUUAUAGCUGAACUAGACGCACUGUUGCAAAAAUCAUAUACUUCAGAUUUUCAAUUUUUUACAGAUUUACAAAACCUCGUUAGUCCAUUAAAGGACGGACAUCUGAGCAUACGGAGUGAAUGUUAUAGUAUAUUCGCAUUCGAUCAAAAAUUGUCAUUAUAUUCUAGUGUAAAACAAGACGGAACUCAGGUAAAAAAUCAUAUGAUGAAUGAAGCUAACCCAACUAAUAUAGAUUGUGAAGUCACACAGAUCGAUAAUCAACCUGCACUUCAAUUUAUAAUUGAUUAUGCAACAACGGAAAUUAAUGGUUCCAAGGAUUUAGGUGUCAGGUUUAAUCUGGCAUUAGCUUCUUUAAGCUUACUCAAUGCUAAAGCGGCUCCUGCAAUUAGCAGCGAACAAUUCACAAGACGUUUCGGAUUACCCAAGAAUGCAAAUUACACUUAUACCUUACAAUGUUCAAAUGCCACCGAUCCCACUGCUCCCGUCAUCACUAAAACAAUUACUCGUAGUUGGGUCGUGAAAGCCUCUAAGCUUGAUUUGGAUAGUGGUGGAUUAAAUGAUACUAAAACUUUUUUUGAAACUUUCUGUUUAAAAGAUCCAAAAUUGGUGAACGUGCCAAAAAGUCCAAGUUUCAUCGAGGAAUUAGAACCUUCAAUGGACGAUCUUUAUGAAAUAGAUCUUAUGUUUGAUCAAAAAGUUACUCAAGGUGUAUUGAUAUUUGAUGCGGCCGUCUUAAAGUUUUAUUUGUUACCUAAUAAUAUAGGUGUUGCAGUUAUUGGUAGGUUUAGUCCUUUAGAUAAAAAGUCGCCUUUAAUUUUAUUUGAUUCAUUGAUGAAAGGUUUUCAACUAUUAAGCACAAAUGUAUAUGGAUAUCCUGUUGAUAUGAAAUUAACCGAAUUAACACUACUUGCGAUUAAAACAGCAGCAGCAGCUUCUAAUGGUUCAACAAGUUUCGAUCCACGGAACUACGUUGAUGCUAAAACAUUGUAUGAAUUAAAAACUGCAGAUGAUCUAAUUGGCAACAACUUCAAAACACGUGGUGGGGUGACAAGUAGAUAUACGAACAAAUUCUCCGCUUCCGACUCGCAAAUACUUAAAGAGAUGUUAGGAAAUAAUACGAACCCUCUUCCCUGGAAAUCUACAGAUUAUGUCAUUCUUUCAAACGGAUUUUGUGGUUCUUCAUGUGCAAAUGUAGCACAAAUACUUGAAGAACUGUGGAAUGUUACUACGGUUGCUGUCGGGGGAUUGUAUGGCACACCAUUAUCAUAUGCAUCAUUUGCUGGUGGACAAGUAACAAACCUUGAAGCAAUGUUAGAUGAUUUACAAACUUUGGGCAUUACUUCAGCAAACAAUAAGUUAGUACCAAAGGGUUUUUUGACUAAGACAAACAUUGGUUUUCCAUAUAAAGAAGUUUAUAGUUAUAAAGGAGAAGGUGAAAUAGUGAUGGAAUAUGAUUUUAGACCUGCAAAAUAUAGAAUUUAUUAUGAUGCCGAAAGUAUCAGAGAUCCAAGUAAAUUAUGGCUACAAGCUGUCGUGUCACUUUCUAAAAAAGCUUUACAAGUUGGAGAAAAUUUAUGUUCCAAAGCUGACAAUCUUGUUAAAGAAUGUAAAACCGAUGUAGAAAAUAUCGAACAAUUAUAUCCUAAACUUAAAUUUAUAUGGAAUGAAUUGGUGGUUCAACUUAAGAAUAAAGAACAGGAAUUAAUAAUGAUUGUCGAAGAGUUGGAACACACAUUAGAACAACUUCGUGGUAAACAGGUUGAUUCAGCAAUCCGAGAGAAUGCAAUAUUAAUGGAAAAUCAAGCAUUUAUACGUGACAAUAAUAGCAGUGGUGGCAUUGGUAGUAUUGUUCUUGAUGUAAUAGGCGAAAAAGAUAAUAAUAAUUUAGAUCAAAAAAAAAGAAUGACAUUAUAUGAAUAUAUAGACGAGCAUGGUGUGCAUGAACUAAAAACGAAGACACAAGAUGAACAAUUCUUUAAUAGUAGUAAGUCAAUACUUGAUGAAAUAAGUACACAACUUGAACGAUUGCGUGAAAUGUAUGAAAGCAAUACAAUUUCACUUGAAGAAUCUGGUGUGGAAUUUUCAUACGAGAAAAUUCUUGAAAAGGAUACAGAUGAAUUACCAACGAUAUUGGAUGAUCUUCAAGAAGGACUUCAAAUGAUAGAAUCAACCAGCGAAGAAGUUCAUAUUAGAAAUCAAAUAUAUCAAUCAUCAUAUGAAGAAGCAUUAAAAUUAUUUAGUGAAUUAGAGAAAUUUACAACAAAAAUGGAAAAUCUUUCCAAUAAAAUGAAAGAACUCGAGGAAAAACCAAUUAAAUAUGAGGUUAUUUCUCAAGACACAAAAUUACCAAUGUUAUCUAGUAAAACAUUAACAGAGGCUCGAGAAAAUCUUUUAAAAUAUGGAGGAAAAGUUCCUUAA